AUGUUCAGUUUUUCACUGCCCACAGGUGUACAUUAUUCACCAGAUAGCGUUAAAGACGAGUAGGUACCACGACUGGAUAGUAGAGGGGUGAAUCAUUUAAGAAACGUUCGGCCUAAGACCUUCCUUUCACUCCCCCCACAAUAUUAGAAUCCAUUUUCCAGUAAUCCAGUACCGUAUACUAUCAUAAUGUAUGAUGCAGUCUAUUUCUUGUACAACAGGUUGUCUUUCGCGUUCACGCGUGUCAUUUUUAUGAAUUUCAAAAAUUAUGUAAUUUUUAAAACGAUAAAAAACAGCUUUGUUCAAUAUUGCUUAAAAUGUAACAGAUUUUUCUUAUAAUACCAUUCAAUUAUUGUAAUUAAAUAAAAUCGGCGAAUGCAUUAAAAAUAUUUUUUUCGAGUAAAUACAAUUAUGUGUUCUAUGUUAAUGACCUGUUUGUUGUACAUAAUUGUUUUACUCGAAAGUAAGUGGAAACUUAAACGCCCCUAAAAAAAAAAAAAAAUAAUAAAAAAAUGUUUUAAUGUUUUUAUACAGGUCACUAUGUUAUAAGUACCGAUUACAGAGGGAAAUCAUUAGGAACUUUGAACUCUUACCAUCAUCAAGUUGGAGGAGAAGUGUUUGCUGUUAAUGAAUAUACACUUUUGAUUACUGAUUUUACAUUUGACGGAAGUGCAACUGAUGCAUUUUUUUGGGCUGGAGCUUCCAGUAGGCCAGGACCACAAGGAUUUAUUUUAUCCAAUGAAUAUGGACGGUGAGUAAAACUUGUUCAAUUAAUUAUAUUUCAUGUAUUUUAAUUUUGUAGGUAGUAGGUACUUUACUGAGGUAAAAAAGGUUAGGUUUAAGAAAUUAAUAAUUAAAUGAACAGUUUAAAAUUUACGGGGACGUGAAUUAUUAUAUGAUCCAACUAGUAAAUUAGUUUCAUUAUAAAAGUUAACAUUUAGUUAAAUGCAAACCAUGAAAUCAGGUCAAAAUUUGAAUCUUUGGUAAAUGAUUAUUAUUAUCUUUCCAGGACGGAUGUGCUAAAACGAUAUUUAGGAAAAGAAUUGAAAUUAACUCUUCCUGAUAAUAAAAAAUUGACAGAAAUUAGUUGGUUUGCUAUUUAUGAUCUUUCAAAAAAUGUGAGAAGUUUAAUAUAAAUAUAUAUUUUAAAUAAAAAAAAAAAUAUUCAUCAAAUAAAUAUAAUAUGUAUAGAUUGCAUUUGGUGAUGUUUAUGUCCCGGAUGAUUUUGAACCACCAGUUAAACAAAUAAUUGGUGAUCUUACUACAAAAUCACACGGAGUUUCAUCAGGACCAAUAGAAAUAUUAGAUUCUAAAACUAUCAAGAUACCUAUGUUUUCUUAUAAUGGUGCUGGGAAAGGUAAAUAUUAAAUGCUAAUAUUUCUAAGAAUUCCAAAUAUUUGAUUUUUUUUUAUUAUUGGUAGACACUUAUUUUGUUGUGGGAAAUGGUCCUCAACCAUCAGCAAAAGGAAAAAAAAUUCCAGAUGAGUCCGGAUAGUGAGUUUACAUUCUAUGAAGUUCUCAGAUUUUAAAUUAUGUUAUAAUUUAUUUUGUUUUUUUUUACAGUUUAGAUAAUUUAAGAACUUAUUUAAAUGAAACUAUCAUACUAGAACUGGUUGGAGAUACUACAGUUUUCGAUAUAGACUGGUUAAGUGUAUAUGAUAUAGAAAGUAAAGAUAAUUUUGGUUGGGUUUUAAUCCCAGACGAACCAAAUGUACCUCCAUCACUACAAAAAGUUGCUGUAAGUAUUAUUCAGCCCUCAUCAAAGACAGUUUAAACUUUUAAUACUUGUAUAAUAUUUACUGAAGCAAACCAAAAUGUGUAUUAUCCAAUAACUUAAAAAAAGUAAAGGUUUCAGUUAAAUUAAAUUUACUUUGUAUACUCUUACUAAAGAUGUACUAUAAAUACUUUUGAGUUUUGUUGUAGGUAACAUUAAUUACUGCCUAAUAACUAAUGUGUAUUUUUAGGAUAAAGUGGAAAAUAUUCAGCACUGUGUUCAAUUACAUAAAAAGCUUCAGCUAAGUUGGCAAGUAUUUGGGCCACAAAUCACAAUAAGACUAGCAGGGCAAAUAGAAAAAGAUAGUUAUAUGGCAUUUGGAUUUAGUGGAUCAGCCGAAACUCCUCAAAUGCUAGGAGCUGAUAUUGCUGUAACUUACAUUGAUGGUUUUAGAGGCCAUGCAGUUGAUUACAAUAUUACAGAUAAAUCUCCAGUUUGUUGAGAUAAUGUUUUUGAUUUUUCUUUUAUAAUAAUAUAUAUCUACAUAUACAUUUUUAAUUUUAGUGUGUAAAAGUAUUGGGUCAGUACAAAGGAGUAUGUCGAGAUACUUUAGUUGGCGGACUAGAUGAUAAUCAAGUACAUACUGCAUCGGAAGAAAAUGGAAUUCAAAUAAUAACGUAUAGAAGAAAUUUACAAUCAUGUAUGUUUAUUUAAUAUAGUUAAAAGUUAGAUUAAAAUUGAGUGAAAAUUAAAACAUGUAUAUCUUGAUAAAAAAUGAAAAUAUCAAAAAUCAUUAGAUCAUAUACUAUGGAUAGAGCUACUGCAUGAUAAACGCGAACUACGAGUUGAAGACAUCAUUAUUAACGAGUGCUAAGGGGACGAGGUCUAUUGCACAUGAGUAUCAGUACUCGUCGCAUAUUUAUUAUAAUACCACCAGACAAUGAGGGUAGGUACAUCGCAUAUGAUAACAUGAAUUUGACUUAUUGCAUGUGAUAUAAAUUUUGCUCAUGUGCAUUUGUCCCAACUCCUCUUAGUUAUGUUUGCUUCAAAUACUUAGUCAAUAGCUCUAUCCAUAGUAUAUAAUCUAAGGUAAAUAUUCUUUUUUAUAAAAUGUAUAAUAGAUCUCUUUGCCUUGAACUCAACUAGAGAGUUAUAAUUUUGGAAUUUUGCUUUAUUUGCUACAUUGUGUGCUUGUCACACAAAAAAAAACUAAUUUUAUUCUAAUUUUUAACUAUUAUUUGAUUAUUUUAACUAAAAUUGAAUGUAAUUUUAGAUGAUGCUGGAGACAAAGAAUUUAAAACUAAUUCAUUAAAUUCAAUGAUUUGGGCAAUUGGUCGCAUGAAUCAUCAAAAAGAACCAAGUAUUCAUGAUUAUUUCCCAAGAAGUAUAUUAAAACUCGAUCUAGAUCCUAAGCCUCCAAUCGAUACUUGUUACCCUUUCACUAUAAAUACAGAACCUUUAAAAAGGUAGAUAAACUUUAAAAAGAAAAUAGUAUUAAAUUCAACUUACGAAUACUUAACUGGUAUUUUUAGAGAUGUUUGGGAUCAACCAAAAAUCAUUGAUGCUAGCUUACGUCUGAUGACCGCUACUCUAGGACCAUCAGGUGGGAAAAAAGGAUAUCAAGGUCUAACAGGUAUGUAAAUUGAAGUAUAUUUUGAAAAAGGUUAUUAGGUAAAAAUUUAUUUUACAGGUUUUUUUUUAAUAAUAAUAUUACCUUUAUUGCUAUUAUAGGUAUGCCUUCACCUGGACUUGCAUGGUAUAUAAAUGGAUAUUUAAUACCUGAAAUAUGGUUAAAACGAGGUAUUACGUAUGCAGUCCAUAUUUAUGGAGGCAAUAAUCCACAUAGUUCACAGUAUUACCAUCCUUUUGUAAUAACAGAUGAACCAAAUGGUGGUUAUGAUGGUAUGUCAGAUACUGCACAGAAACAUACAAGAAUAUUAGCAGGUGUUCAAUAUACACUCAGAAGACAAGCUCGACCUACUUCUUGUAUGUAAAAGUUAAAGAAAAUUGUUUUUUAAAUAGAUAUCUUUUAAUGUAUUUAAAUAAAAAAAUGUUCUUUUAGCGGGACCAUUAUGUUUGCGUGAGAGAAAAGGGUUUGAUCGUCGUUUAGAUGAUAAUUUUCCUACAUUUAAAGAAUUUAAUCGAUCAUUGGAUAUGAGAUGUGACUCAGGUAAAUAUAAAAUUAAUCUAAGUUUUAUGUUAAAAAUAACAAUAUUAUGUAUUUCAGGAGAUCCAGCAAUCUUAGAAUUUAAACCAAAUUCUUCUUGGCCAGAUAUUGUGUAUUACCAUAGUUUUGUUCAAAGCAAUAUGGGUUGGAAAUUACAUAUUGUUGAUAAAUUUAGUACAGGUAGAAGUUUAGCUGCUCAAAAUAAAUUAAAUUGGCUUUUAGGAAUAUAUUUUUUAUUUAAUUUGUAUUUGAAUGUGAUAUUAUGUUAA